UUGAUCAAUUCUCGCGAGACUAAGUGAGACUUGUAGAAGCGUUAGCCUAGCGCUGUUAGCGUUCCGCCGCUAAUCUGUGUCAGCGCCGGAUGCGUUUAUUUUGAACUCCAACAUGAAUUUUACGAUACACAUUCGGUAAUUUCUUAAACCACCAGCAUCCAUAAUAUAUUGAAGCUGUAGCUAAUCUAAAAAGAUGGAUUUAAACGCCUGUAAUCAGCCGCCCGGAGCCGGAGAGGAGGAAGGAGAGCUUGAAGACGGGGAGAUCUGCGAUGAUGAAACCGAGGAGAAUGUCCCUUUGCUGCGGGGGGAUGGGAACGGAGCACCGCGGGCCACACCGGGUAACCGACCGGGCAGCAUACCGGGCAACAUACCGCCUCUCAUGGACCGAGAUUUUCGGUCGCAUAUGCCGUUCCCUCACGGACCCCCUCACGGACCCCCUCACGGACCCCCUCACGGACCCCCUCAUGGACCCCUUCACGGACCCCUUCACGGACCUCCACGUGGGCCUCCACGUGGGCCCUUCCCUCUUGGCCACAGGCAGCAGCAGAGUGGCCCGAGUGGACCAGACAGGCCAGCUCUACCUUCCCCUAUGACCUCGCCUCAGACCCCAGGACACGUUCAUGGAGAGCCAACUCAGCGUUCUAACUUUUGGGAACGGAGUCAUGGAGCUUUGGGGAGGUUCAGACAUGCCAGAGGAGGCAGAGGAGCUGACUGGAGGCGAGAAGGUAACCAUGGCAACAGGGCCGCGAUCGGCAGGUACGUCGCCGCUGAGAAUCAUGGGAACAAGAACAACUCUCCCUCCAGGAAACAGAAGCCAAUGGGGCGAAACCAGCCUCGAAAACCUGUUUAUAAUUGUGCCAAACCAGACACCAGCGCAGAGGAGUCAUUUGAAGACUUAUUAUCGCGAUACAAACAAAUUCAACUCGAACUGGAGUGUAUACGAAAGGAAGAGACGAUGGCAUUAGAACCUAAAGAUUCCCCUGUUAAAGAAACUCAACCAGAGGACAACCCUGGUACUGUUUGUAAUAAUGAUAAUAAUAAUAUCAGUAUUGAAGCACAGUCUGAAGGGGGUGCUAGUGAGCAAAGUGAAAGCGCCAAGGAGGAGACUGUGGAUAAAGAAAAGAAAGUAUUCCAGGCAUUUAAUAUCAAACCGCUGCGGCAGAAAGUCCCAGCCAAUUUGGACGAACUGAAAAAGAAGUGGGCGGAGCAAGCGGAGACGAUAGACACAGACAAGGAGGGUGAAGAGGUGAAAAUCCAAGAUGGCGGAGAAACAGAACCACAAACAAAAGAGAAGGCUUGUGUUUGCUGCUGCAGUGAAUCUGAAAGUGAAAAUAAAGCAGUCCAUGAGGUGUCCAAACUGGAGGAGGAGAGGAAGGAGGAGACCAAGGAGCAGAAAGGGGUCACCUGUGUGUGCUGCAGAGAUGAUGGGGAUGAGACCAAAACCAUAAAAAACUGCAAGAGAGAGUCCUCCGUAUCAAGUGUGGAGUCUAACAACUCCAUUGACAAGCCAAAGGUGGAGGAGGAGGAGCUGUCGGAGUUGCAGUUACGGUUGCUGGCACUGCAGUCUGCCAGUAAAAAAUGGCACCAAAAAGAACUUCAAGUGAUGAAAAAGAGCAAAGAACGCAUCACCAAACCUGCCCAAGGCAAGAGUGCUCCCUCCAGCUCAAACCUCAAUCCUACAGCGACCCCAAACAGGCAGAGGGUGACCACACGCUCCUCUGCUGCUUCCAUCGCACCCCCUACUGAGCGCGCACGGACACGCAGCAGGACCAACUCUCAGGACCGAGAUCGAGACUGGUCUAAACCAGGGACCAGGUCUACGGAUCGGGACUACAGGGGACCAGACAGAGACCGAACCAAACCCAGUCCCAAACCCAGUCCCAAACCCAGUCCCAAACCCAGUCCCAAACCCAGUCCUAAACCUAGUCCCAAACCUGGAGCUAAACCCGGACCAAAGACCCCAGUGCCCAAGACCCCAGCGGACCGAGGGAGGCCAAACCAGAACAAACCCCAAAGUGCCAACAAGAAACUCAGCCCUGCCUCAUCAAAGCAGGCUGUUCGCAGACAGCAGCUAAGGAAUUGGAAACUUAAACAACAGAGAGAACAGGAGGAGAAAAGACGACAAGAAGAGGAAGAGAGGAGGAAAAGAGAAGAGGAGAUAAGGAGGAUAAGAGACCUCUCCAACCAGGACGAGCAGUACAACCGCUUCAUGAAGCUGGUGGGAGGGAAGACUAUUACACCCAAUAAGUCCAGAGAUCGUGAACACAGAAAGUCCACAGGCAAAUCUGGUUUAGACACCUCAGGAAACCUUUACCAAUAUGACAACUAUGAUGAAGUCGCCAUGGAUACUGACAGUGAGACCAGCUCCCCGGUUCCUUCUCCGACCCAUAACCCUUUUGCUGGAGGUGACUUUGGAGGAUUCCCUCAGUCCUUAUGCUUGGCAGGCACUCAUUUUGGGAUGGGGUUUGGUCAGUCGUUUGCCCCACCCACUCCUCCCCCUCCUCCUCCGCUCCCUCCCCCUGACGAGUUGGAGCCUCCCCCCAAACCGCCCUUCGCCGAUGAGGAAGAGGAGGAGGAGAUGCUGCUCAGAGAAACCUGCCUCAUGUCUAUGGCCAACAAGAGGGUGGCUGCGGUCGGGGAGAAGACGUUCAGUGGCCCCUCCUCUCCUCAGUCCUCGGCCCAGGCUCAUCUCAGAGGAAACCUGAGCACAGUCAACCUCAACGCAGCCCCCCCACCCCGAAACAAGUUCAACAGGGCGCACCACCUCCCCAAAGCACCCCUAGUGCUGCCCAGGCACAAGACUGUGGUGGUUUCUCUGAAUGAUUCUGACGACAGUGACAGUGAUGCAGAUGGCUCCUCGGGUCAGUCUGUGUUUGGAGGACUGGAGUUCAUGAUUAGAGAAGCACGACGCACUGUGGAGGCAGCGAAGCCCAAAGGAGUAUCUGAGAAGGAGAAUAACCCCAUGAGGACCCCAGAGGCUCUGCCAGAAGCAAAGAAAGCAGAAUACAGACUGUUAAAGGAGGAAAUUGCCAGUCGAGAGAAGCAGAAGAUGUUGACUUCGUGGAGCUCUACGUCUCCGGUUUUCUCAGACUCUGUGAUGGAGUCUUUGACCAAACCUUCGGCAGAACAACAGCUGACAGAGGCAGAGCACAAACUCCACAAACACAGGGAACUGUUAAAGAAGGAUGAAGCGGUGCUCAGACAUCUGCUGCAACAGGAGCUAAAGAAAAGAGAGAGUCUGCGAGCGGCUGAGGCUAAAGUCUCCAAACUCAGAGAGCAGCUCCAGGCCUCCGAAAAGAUCGCUAAUGCUAACAGGACGCUACUCAGGAAACUGCAGGAACAGGUGCACCGUGUGGAGCACAGAGUCUCUCUGAAGAAGUCUGUGGAGGUGAAGUUGGAGCAGGAGUUGUCUCAGGCUCAGAGUGCAGCAGCCAGAGGAAACAAGAGGAAACAUGAAUCCAACCAGGCAAUGCCCAAUAAGGUUCAGCGUCUAGACGGAAAGGAGCGUCACUUUGCCGAACUCAUUGCCCAGAAACAGCGCCUCCAGCAGCUCGAGUCGGAGUACGCGCUCAAAAUCAAAAAACUGAAGGAAGCCCAGGCAUUACGCAACAAGACCACCUCCAUCGAAGCUCCAUCUGAAUCUCCCAUUCAAGCAUCCACUCCACGAGAACCACAAAACCAACCACAACAGGAAGCAGCAGUAGCACCCCCUAGUCCCUUUUCUGUACCGCAGCCGUCACUACACGAUUUAACGCAAGACAAACUAACGCUGGACACAGAGGACGAAGCAGAGGAAUCUGAAAAUACACCAACAUCUGCGACUAGAGGCCAGAGACGACAUUCAUUCCGCCAGUCCACCUCAUUUACAAAGCCCCAUUUAGAGCAGCUAACAUCUACGCCGGCUAAAGACAAUACUGCUGCUGCUAAUGCUACUAGUGCUAGCAUGGUUAAGCUAGCCAAAGGUCGUUCUAAUUGUAGUGAAAAGGCAGAGGUUUUUGCAGGAUUAGAUGUGGAUUCUCUGAAGAAGAGGUACCAGCAGCAGCCUCAGCUUGGAGAACUGCUGCAGACAGAGCUUGAGAAAACAGGACAGGAUCUACAAACAUCACCUGUGUCAAAGGUGGCUGCGUUUGAGCUAGAUGUCAAUUCCACCCAAUCAGGAGCUUCCGAUUUGAGGCCUGUUCCGUAUGGACCCUAUCACAGCCCCCUACUGGUCUUCAAAUCAUACAGGUUCAGUCCUUACUACAGAACAAAGGAGAAGCUGUCUUUGAGCUCAGUCACCUACAGUAACACCAUCGACCCCAAAAAGCACUUCUGUCGCUUCGAUUUAACAGGAACUUGCAACGACGACGGCUGCAAAUGGCAGCACAUGAGGAACGUGACCCUCAGUGGGAGUCAGCUCUUCCAGGACGUCCUCUCUUAUGACCUGUCUCUGAUCGGCUGCUCUGAGAAGAGCUCCGACAAAGACAUCAGUGCCUCUACAGAAAAGUACAUAAAGAAGCUUUUUGGUCCCAAUAAUCGAAUGAGCAUUGAUCAGAAGGCCGUCCUCCUGGUGAGCAAAGUCAACGAGAGCAAACGCCACACUCCUCCAUUCACCACAUUUAAAGACCUGAGGCAAUGGAGACCAAAGCCCCUCCUCCUGUCUGCAGUUGACUCAGAGGAGAGCAGUGACAGUGAGGAGCCAGAGGAGGCCACCACUCAGGGCAGAUACGCAGAUGGCAGCACUGACCUGAGUCCGUCGGACGUGUGUGUGACUUCAGAGGAUCGACGUUACUUCUUCAGUGAAACAGAUGAUAUUUCAAACCUGGAGGCGAGCGUUUUAGAAAGUCCCUGUGACACUCAGCUGUGGAUCAAACUGGCCUUCAAGUACCUCAACCAGACAGACACUCCCCCUGCUGAAUGUCUAGAGGGAGCUCUGAACACGCUCUCUCGCGCUCUGGAGAAUAACUGUGACAACCCUGAGGUGUGGAGCCAGUACCUCUCGCUGUUCUCCAAAAGGGGGAGCCGUGCCGAGGUGCAGGAGAUGUGUGAGAUGGCUGUGGAGCAUGCCCCUGACCACUGUGUCUGGUGGGCUUACUUGUCUCUGGAGCGGUCUUUUGAGGGGAAAGACUCUGUGUCAGAGCGUUUGCUGCAGUUUCUGGUCUCGGAGGCACCCUCUUGUGGAAUGUCAGAAAAACUGUCCUUUCAGAUCCUUGAGGCUCUGCUCUAUAGAGUUCAGCUCAGCUGUUUCAGUGGGAGGACGGAGAAUGCUCUCAGCAUACUACAGGUCUCACUGAAAUCAGAUUGUGUGGUGGACCUGUUGACGCCUGGAGACCGUGCUCUGCUUUGGCUUUGUUUCAUCCACCUGUCGGAGUUCCAAAGACUGCCCUCUUCUCUCUAUGAUGCGGCUGAUUCUGGGCCCUCUCGGCUGGUCAGUAGAGAGAGCUUCCUCCUGCCCUGGAGAGGAGCUGAGGACAUCUGCACCCCCCUGGACAGACUCAUCUCCAUGUUUCAAGAUGGCAUUGCUCAGUGCUCUGAUAACUCUCUGUCUCCGAGUGAGAGGACUGUGGCCUGUUUACCUCUGCACACCAACCUGCUGCACCUGCACAAAGUCCUGCUCAGAUUUGAUGAGGGAAUCCUUCUGUGUGAGGCACUCCUCCAGUGCUGUCCUGAGUCCUGUGUUCUCCGUGAUGCGUUAGCCGAGCUACACAUUGCUAAAGGAGAUGCUAACGCUGCUGUUAGCAUGUGGCUACAUGCACUCGUUGAGUGCCCAGACAACGCAGAGGUCUUCUACCACUCCUGCAAGUUCCUCAUGGCUCAGGAGAAGUCUAGUGCCCUGGCUCCUCUGUUUCGCGGCUUCAUCUUGUCCCUGUGUGAAGAAGAGGACAGUCAGAAGAAACCCGUCGAUGUUUUACGACACAUUCUGGGCUUCUCCUGUGACGAGUUAUUAAAGGGUCCCAUCAUUAAGAAGGACCUCCAGGAGCAGCUGGGGACUCAGAUGCCCUACCUGCACCUGCUCCACUGUCGGUGGCAGUGGCUGCACAGUUCUCUGGAGGACACAGUGGAGGCGUUUGAGCGCGCUCUAGGGGCUCCUCUGCAGCGUGAUGAGCUUCACCGACUCUGGAUGGAUUACCUGUUGUUCGUGAGCUCUCAGCAACAGACCCGUGGCUCAUCUAAGCUCUUCUCAGACCUGGUUCUGAGGUGUUUGAGCACCGUCCCCUCACGACUGGAGGUCCCCUUUAACCCAGCUGAGUUUUGGAGCUGUUACAAGUUUCACAACCAGGUGGUGUCUCUGUACCUAGGCUGCCUGCCUCCUUCCCAGCAUGCACUGGUGCUGGAGCGGCUGCGGUACUCGAUGCCCAGCAACACAGAGCUGGGCCUCAGGUUGCUGCAUCAGGAGUGGCAGGAGGGAAACCUACAGCACCUGAAGUUUCAGUCCAGAAUGUUGAGCAGCCACGCCCCCAAAUGUCUAGCCAACUGGAAAAUAGCCAUCGCUGCAGAGAAGGAGCUCAACGAGAAGUCCGAGGUUCGGCGUUUGUACCAACAGGCCCUGAGUCACCUCCCGCUGUGCGCCGCUCUCUGGAAAGAUCGUCUGUUGUUCGAGGCUGCAGAGGGGGGCAGGACGGACCGCUUGCGCACCCUGGUGGACAGAUGUCAGGAUCUCGGCGUCAGUUUGACCGAACAACUCGAUCUAGUGAUGCACCAAAAACGAAAAGGAAAACCAUGACCUCACCCCCCCGAAAACUACCCCGAAAACUACCCCCAAAUUUGCCCCUCCCCUCUCCUCUCACCCCAGAAAGACACAGACACAAACGUAUCCAAUCCAACCAAUCACGACGAGGUAAGCGCCCAAAUCCGGAACCGGAAGUCGCUCCAAGAAACCAAGACGCCGGCUUGGAAAUUCAAAUAUUCCGUAAGUAUGGUGUCUUGAGUGCUGCUGCUGCCUUUUGUUUUAUCGUUUAUCCCUGUUUAUUUUACACCCCUUUCCUUGCAAUUUCUAUUUAAAUAAUUUGUGUUUUAACUCCCAAAACAGCAUUCAUGUUCAUUUUUAUUAAGGAUCUAUUUUCAUGAAGGAGAAGGAAAAUAUUGCUAAGUGAUUCUGUUUUUCCAAAAGUAUGAAAAAAGAUAGUCAUAAAUUUGAGCACUUUGGCCAGAGCACGGCUGUGGCCUGCUGUUAAAUUUCUGUGUUCGGUGAAAAAGACUUGAAAACUGUGACUGACAAUUUGAGAAGAAAAAAUUAACGAGAUGUGCAAAAUUUGUCGUAUUUUUAUUUGUCAAAAUUGAAAAUCUCCGUGAUUUAAGAGUAUUAUAUUAUCAGGAGGAGAGUGGAGUCUGAUGGUUCAUUUUUGUAUAUUUUCAAUUUAAAUGUUAAUAAAUUAUUUUGUAAAGAAAGAAAA